CUAAAAUCGAAAUCGAAGAUCAAUCUCUAUCUCUGAAGCUAUGGAUCCAUUAUCGGUGCUGAAAGAUUUCACAAUCCGAGGAGACGUUGAUAAAAUCGAGCGAGUCGGAGCCAAUUACAGAUUCGGAUCGGAAUAUUCGUUCCCAUGCGCGACGGAGACGGCGUACCGAUCAAAAAGUGGAAGCCUCUACACACUAGAAGCAUUAGUACACUAUGUGAAGAAUCAACAUCUGAAACAUGGAGAGUAUAUGCAAUCCACCGUCAAAAACUCCGUCCCGGCGGUUACUUUACCAGAUCGGAAACCUCUACUCGAUUACCUCACCGGAAGAGUCGCUUCUUCCGAUUCGAUUGAUUAUCUAUUGCUUCAACAGCAAAACGCACAGAGUCAGAAGCAGAACGAAGAGUAUAGACCAGAUCAAGAUAAUUCAGCUUUUGUGUCUCGUGAAAACGCGAUAGAAGAUAUGGAGGUUGAAGAUUUCGGUAAAUCCGGCGAAGAUGUUGAUUACAUUAUGCUGAUUCGAUCCAAUGAACGUCCGUUGAAGAGCCGUGACGCGAUUCUUCAGUGUAAGAACAGAGAUUUUUAUAGUGUGUUGGUGAAUUCGACUAAGAGAGAAGAAGAGAGACAAAGGAUUGAGUCUCAUCAGAGGAAAGAUGGAUUAGUUGCUAAGAGUAGGUUAAUGGGAGCUGAAGAGAGAGGUAUUGUAGGGUUUAGUGGUGGUGGUGAUGAUAAUGGUUAUGAUGCUAAUCCUAAAUCUAAGCUUCAUUUCAAAGCUGGGAAGAUUGGAGAAGGCGUGCCGAUAAUUCUUGUGCCGAGUGCGUUUCAGACGUUGAUUACUAUAUAUAAUGUUAAAGAGUUUCUUGAGGAUGGUGUUUAUAUACCGAAUGAAGUUAAGGCGAAGCAGAUGAAGGGGUUGAAGCCGGAUUGUAUUACGGUUCAGAAGAAGUUUAGUAGAGAUAGGGAAAGAGUUGUGACUGCUUAUGAAGUUAGGGAUAAGCCUUCUGCUUUGAAGCCUGAUGAUUGGGAUCGUGUUGUUGCGGUUUUUGUAUUGGGGAAGGAUUGGCAGUUCAAAGAUUGGCCUUUUAAGGAUCAUGUUGAGAUAUUCAAUAAGAUCAUUGGGUUCUUCUUGCGGUUUGAAGAUGACAGUAUCGAAUCAGCCAAGACGGUGAAGCAAUGGAAUGUAAAGAUCAUCUCGAUUAGCAAGAAUAAGCGGCAUCAAGACCGGGCUGCUGCAUUAGAAGUCUGGGAAAAACUCGAGGAGUUUGUGCGAUCUCGGUCGCAUUCUUAGUAUUUAAAUUGUUGUAGAAUAUCUUUUUUCUGUAUCACCUUUCAUCAUUUUU